AACCCUUGCUAGAUUGUCUCUGUGAUAUUUUCGGUGGUUGUCGCUGAUAAGCCUGCUGGUGUGCUUAGGGCGGUGGUUAAGGCCGACUGGCACUUCCCCUGGGAGCACCGAAGUGAAUUCAUGUUCAACCCCACUAUGACGACCUACUAUCCAUGCACUACCCAUGUCCCGCUCUUCAUCCCUGCUCCAACCAAUCCCACCCUCACGCGCUAUUCUGCCACCAUCACAGGCACCAGCACGAUUGACUGUGGCGGUUGCAGUCUCAAGGUCGAAGAAGUCUACAAUUGGGGGGUGCUGCCCAGUAAGACGGUCAAGCCUACUGUCACCAUCACAAUGCCAUCAAAGUAUACCCUUACUUAUGCAUGCGAACCCACCACGCGCAAGCCCAAGGGCUGGUGGGGAGAUGGUGGUUAGUUGUGGAAAUUGGAAGGUGGAGGAUCAAUAGUGCCUGGGACCAAGAGAGAAAAAGUGGUGGAUUCAUGUAAUGGAAUUGUAAAACAGCUCUUGUUCCCUUUGCGGGCAGCUGCCUUUCUGACGAU